CUUCACUAGUGCCAUCAAGUGGUAGUACUGGAAGAACAGCCGUCAGCUAGUCAGCAGCGGUUGCAAAUGGCGACAGCCACAAAAUCACUGGCAUCGACUCGCGAAUAGUUCACGCCUCCCGUGUCAUUCCGUGACUGAGCCAUCCGUGAUCACAACCCUCUAUUAAAUCGGUGGUUCUAAGUAACAGGAGGCAAGAUGCCAGCUGUGCGUGGGGAUGGCAUGCGAGGACUUGCAGUGUUCAUUUCAGAUAUCAGAAAUUGCAAGAGCAAGGAAGCCGAAAUCAAGAGGAUAAACAAGGAACUGGCAAAUAUUCGUAGUAAAUUCAAAGGAGAUAAGACUCUCGAUGGUUACCAGAAGAAGAAAUAUGUCUGCAAACUUCUCUUCAUUUUCCUUCUUGGGCAUGAUAUUGACUUCGGCCACAUGGAAGCCGUUAAUCUACUGUCAUCCAACAAAUACUCAGAGAAACAAAUCGGUUAUCUCUUCAUUUCAGUCCUUGUGAAUACAAACAGCGAUCUCAUAAAGCUAAUUAUUCAAAGUAUCAAGAAUGAUCUUGCCUCGCGCAAUCCAAUUCAUGUGAAUCUAGCUUUACAGUGUAUUGCUAAUAUUGGAAGUAAGGAAAUGGCUGAAGCGUUCGGCAAUGAGAUUCCAAAGUUACUUGUGUCGGGGGAUACUAUGGAUGUCGUGAAGCAAAGCGCAGCUCUUUGUCUUCUGCGGUUAUUGAGAACUGCCCCGGAGGUGGUUCCUGGCGGUGAAUGGACUUCCCGUAUCGUACACCUUCUUAAUGACCAGCAUCUUGGUGUUGUCACUGCUGCAGCCUCACUUAUAGAUGCUCUUGUCAAAAGGAAUCCUGAUGAAUAUAAGGGUUGUGUGAGUCUGGCUGUUUCUAGACUUAGCCGGAUUGUAACGUCGAGUUACACAGACUUACAGGACUACACGUAUUACUUCGUACCGGCACCCUGGCUCUCUGUUAAGUUACUGCGACUACUACAGAAUUAUACACCGCCAGCCGAGGAUCCUGGCGUUCGUGGAAGACUGAACGAGUGUCUCGAGACAAUUUUAAACAAGGCUCAGGAACCACCGAAGUCGAAAAAAGUUCAGCAUUCUAAUGCUAAAAAUGCUGUACUCUUCGAAGCGAUCAGUUUGAUUAUCCACAAUGACAGCGAGCCGAGUUUAUUGGUCAGGGCGUGUAACCAGCUGGGUCAGUUUCUGUCAAAUCGGGAAACGAAUCUACGAUACCUGGCACUGGAGUCGAUGUGUCACUUAGCGACUUCGGAAUUCUCCCAUGAGGCCGUCAAAAAGCACCAGGAGGUCGUGAUUCUCUCAAUGAAGAUGGAAAAGGAUGUUUCAGUGAGACAACAGGCAGUGGAUCUUCUUUAUGCUAUGUGCGAUAAGAGCAACGCCGAGGAAAUUGUCCAGGAGAUGUUGAACUACCUCGAAACUGCAGAUUACUCGAUUAGAGAAGAGAUGGUGCUAAAAGUGGCCAUCUUGGCUGAAAAAUACGCGACGGACUACACGUGGUACGUCGACGUCAUCCUGAAUCUCAUAAGGAUAGCCGGCGACUAUGUUUCUGAGGAGGUCUGGUACAGGGUCAUUCAAAUAGUCAUCAAUAGGGACGACGUACAAGGAUACGCAGCGAAAACAGUUUUCGAAGCUCUCCAGGCACCGGCGUGCCACGAGAAUAUGGUCAAGGUCGGUGGUUACAUUCUUGGUGAGUUUGGAAACCUUAUAGCCGGUGAUCAGCGUUCCUCACCAUCAGUCCAAUUUCAACUUUUGCAUUCCAAAUAUCAUCUAUGCUCUCCCAUGACACGAGCAUUGUUGCUCUCAACCUACAUAAAAUUCGUAAAUCUUUUCCCGGAAAUUCGAAGUCAAAUCCAGGAUGUCUUCAGACAGCACAGUAAUCUACGUAGCGCCGACGCGGAGCUUCAGCAGAGGGCAUCGGAGUACCUGCAGCUGAGUAUCAUCGCUUCGACGGAUGUCCUGGCGACGGUUCUGGAGGAAAUGCCAGCCUUCCCAGAAAGAGAGUCUUCCAUCCUGGCUGUCCUAAAGAAGAAGAAACCAGGUCGAGUUCCGGAGAACGAGAUCCGGGAAAGCAAGAGUCCUGCUCCAAAUACAAAUCAUCAUACUGAUACGCAUGUUACUCCUGUAUCAGCUGCAGUCAAUAAUAGUUCAGCUGAUCUUCUUGGUCUGUCGACUCCGCCAUCUUCUCAGCCUACGAGUAAUACAGGUGUCUUGCUGGACGUUCUCGGCGACAUCUACAGCGGCUCUCCGAACAGCGUUGGUGCUACUAACGGUGCACAAAAUACCUACAACCCUAAGAAAUUCGUUUGCAAGAAUAAUGGCGUCUUAUUUGAGAACGACCUCAUUCAGAUCGGUGUGAAAUCAGAAUUUCGACAGAAUCUCGGGCGUAUUGGCCUCUUUUACGGGAACAAAACGCAAUUCGCACUACAUAGCUUCCAGCCACAGUUGUCGUGGUCAGAAGAGAACCAGGCGAAGUUGGCUGUCCAAGUGAAACUCGUGGACCCCGUUUUAGAAGCUGGUGCACAAAUUCAGCAGAUGAUUAACGCAGAGUGUAUCGACGAUUACAAUGACACUCCGAGUAUGAUCAUUUCGUUUAUCUAUAAUAACGUAGCUCAGAAAAUAACAAUGAAGUUACCAUUGACAAUUAAUAAAUUUUUUGAACCUACGGAGAUGAAUGGUGAAUCCUUCUUCGCUAGGUGGAAGAAUCUAGGAGGAGCUAAUCAGCAACGCUCGCAAAAGAUAUUCAAAGCUCAACAACCUAUGGACUUGGCUCAGGUUCGCACGAAGCUUCAGGGAUUUGGUAUGCAACUUUUGGACGGUAUAGAUCCUAAUCCUGACAAUUUUGUAUGUGCGGGAAUCGUACACAUGAGAGCCCAGCAAGUGGGCUGUUUAUUACGUUUGGAACCCAAUAAGCAGGCUCAGAUGUUCCGGUUAACGGUGCGUUCGAGUAAAGAGUCGAUGUCAAUAGAGAUCUGCGACUUGCUCGUAGAUCAGUUCUAAUCGAUCUAGCAAGCUCUUGUAAAGUCAGCGACCAAAACGUACUCUAAGGUCGUACAACCAGACGGCUCAGAUAUUCGUGAUUUCUCGUGACAGCCGAGGAAUCUCAAGCACGAUUAAUUGUUAAAAAUGAAGAAAACGCUCUACCCAAGCCUACACUCAAUGGUAUUGCCUCUUACAGCAGGAUAGCAACGUGCACCUCUCUAUCAGGAGUAUUAACAACUAAGAAAAGGAAAGGGCGUUGUAACAGAAGAAAUAUUACUUAAAUGAGAUUUGGGACUUGGGACUAAGCCAUAAUAGAACAAAAAACUAAAAAAAGAGAAAAGAACAGGCAACAUAGAUUGGCAUCAAUGGGUAGUAUUAGUAAAUGAAGGUAAAACAAAGAAUUACUUUUAAUUGGUUUACCAAGCUACGAUAAAACUAUGGCAAAUACUAUACUGUAUACUAGACGGAUCUCCUAAGACGGCAAAUGACGCAACACUCGAUCCUAUUUGCCAAACAUGGGACGAAAUUAAUUGAGAAUAAUCAAAUAUGCGAUCGGAUCGACUUGCGUCCUAUGCAGACUGUCGGAUCCUCGUUUAAAAGUGUCCAAGCAUGUUUAGUCUCAUUUGCAUUAAGUGAUUCCGUUUUGCUUUUUCGUUUGAGUUUGUUGCGAAGGCGAGCGUAGAUUUGGGCACGCUGAGUGCACUAGUUGUAUGAUAUUAAUUAUUCGCCGUAGACUUUCCCUUUCCUCCCUCACCUUGCCUCCUCUUCCUUCCUUCCUUCGUCUCUUCCUCCUUACCUCCCCGAUAUUUAAAGAAGCUCAACAAUCAUUUCUUGUAACUAGCCGCUUAUUUCAAAGUGUCACUUAUCUUCCAACUAUCUUUUCUCUUUUGUUCCUCCCUUAGUCGAUGCUAAUUUUAUACCAUGCACGUUUCAGUCCUCUCUCUCGAUGACAUUUAUGAACUGACAAAUCCAUGACUGGUUGUGGCCGACACUUAUAACACUAAGGUACGAUAAGUAAUUGAUAAAGCUUCAAAUCAGGAAUAACAAACAAGAGUCAGUUCCGGCUUUAACAAGAACGCGCCCUCUUUGCAAGAUGUACAUUUCCGUAGCGUUUAUUGUAUUCUGUACAGGUCUAAGAAGAUGAGAGACAGAGAGAGAGAGAGGGGGGGGGGGAAGGAAGGAGGAGAAGAGAAAUGGCCCGAAUUAUGUUUUAGCAGCGCUUAGAAAUGCAAAAUAGCAACGAUUCGCGAUUAAGUUAGAUUUCCAAGAUACUGCAAAAAAUCGAGUAUAGCUUCUCCUCGAUGAUAAUAAAUAAUGAGAUAAUGAUAAUAAUAAUAUUACUAAUAAAUAAUAAUAAUAGUAGGUAGUAAUGAUACGCGAGAUGCACGAAGCCAGAGAGUGUGUGUAUGUGUAUAUGGUGUGUGUUAUAAGCAGCGUGUGCGCUCACCCUCCGUUAAGAGUCACAAAGUAUAAUGAAAUGAAAAUUGUAAAGUUUUAUUCAAUUGUAUAUAAGUAUUGAUACUUGAUUGAUUGAGUCGUUAUAGCUCGAUUCACGCCGCCUGUCGCAAUGUUAAUGCUAAAAGGUCGCGGGUACUUUCAGCCAUGAGGACUCUGAUCUUUUGCCUCUACGUUUAAAGAGUGAACCGAUAAGAAAAGAAAAUAACAGGCUUAUCCAAUUCUUUGCUUUGGCAGACGCGAAAAUUAUGGCGCUCGCACGAGAUGUAUAUUUUGUCCCAGAUUGCGUGGUGUAAAUUUCAAAAAUGGUACGCUUCGUUUUCCCGUGAUUUCAAUCGUCUUGUAGAAUAAUAAUGGGGUCCUGUAUUUAUAGGAGGUGCUGUCGCGGCAAGUGCCGAGAUGCGCGCGUUUUCAGUUCUCUUUGUCUUUCUUUUUUUUUUAGUCAUUCAAUUUCUGUCCUCGAAGUGGGAACUUCUUUGGCGAGUGUCCAGACGAAAUCGCAAAGUAAAACAUAAAAAGAAAGAAAAGAAAAUAGAAAGUAAAAUAAUUGAUGAUGAAACACGAGACGAGUCUAAUAGAAUCUCAAUAACGAGAAGGACAUUUUUCUAAACGUAUAAUUGACGUAUCCUUUUCGUUACGGUGCUCGUAGUAAGAUUUUUUUUUAAGGCAAGGAAAAUAAAAAUAUACAAAAAUUGAUAAAAAUUGAAUGUGCGCUAAAUUAGAAGUUGUGAAAAUUAUACAAAUAAGUAUAUACUCGUCUCGCGGUUUACUCAAGAAGUCAUAAGUCACCAGUCAUGGAUUUCCAAGUAUCUUAUAUAAAACCCGCGAUAAUGAAAAGAAAAAAAAAAUGGAAUAUUGCUCCCAGCACAGGACAGCUAGGCAUGAUUAUUCUUUGCCUCGUGUUUAUUCGUUGUACAAAAAGUAUAACUGCGAUCGAGAAACCUGCGUUAUUGGAUCUUCCAAUUAAGUUAUAGUCCCCAGCGAACGAUUCCAUAAAUCGUAAUUAAUUUGUAUGUACGGAAAUGGGGAUAAAUAGCUGUUAGAGACGCUCGACACUGAGUCAUUCGCAUUAAUCGUCGUGUAUGAUUAAUUGAUUGUGUAGCCAUAUAUAGACAUAUAUAUGUACUGUUAUUUCAUUGUCCGAAGAAACCGAGCAUUCACAUUGUCAAGAAAAUAUUCAAUCCACAGUAAUCCGUCACCGCGAUAUUAUUAAUUUCAAAAUUCUAAAUAAUCAUUUAAAAUAUCUCACCACUUGCUCCUCUCACUCGCUCCUUUCCAACUAACCUCUCCACUUCCUGUGAAUGGAUCGUAUCCGGACGUCCUCUGUAAUAUUGAAUUAUUGUGUAUCAUUUAGCAUCUAUGUACAUGUAUGUUUGUAAGACACUAUUGAUUUAUAUAUUAUUGAAACAAUAUAAUAUCUCUCGUACAAAACAAUGCUGUGUUAAUUGAUUGUUUUGACGUGUCAAAAAUUCUUAAUUCACUCGAACGUUACGUCUACGGCAGUAGCUGUAUAUAAUGUGACAUUUAUAUAUAUAUAUAUGUAUUUAAGAUUAAAACGGACCGUGAAUAGAGAAAAAGAAAGAUAAUAACGACCACAAUACGCGGUCCAUCGCGGCUCAUUAUUUAAUGUCUAUCUUGCAGUUUACCUCAAUUUUCUUUCGUCUUGUGCAUCCUCCUUAGAGCGUUCGUUAUGAUAUUAUUACAUUACGGGGUCCACCAAAAUUUGUACUAAGUACGUACUUUGCGAGAAAAUCAGUUUAAUUAAGGCCGACAGAGCGUACGAGUACUUUUAGUGCACUCUCUAUUACUAAGGAUCUGUUAGUAAAUCCGUAUAUAAUAAAGACACAAUGAUAAAAGUGGCAACAAAACGAAAGAUAAGAAAUACAAAUACCAAGGGUACUUUACAAGAAGGAUCUGCGCUUAAAAUAUAUUGGCGGUUGGUUGAAUGUGUCGCUUAUUGUAUCACAUUUUUUAAAACUUAUACUCGUAUUAAUAAUAAAAAUAGUAAACAAAGCUGGAACACA